GAUUGCCAGACCGUUGAUUUAAUAAUAAGCUACCAUCAUGUCGGCAUUAGAUAACUCUGGCUCCUUCUUGGCCAGAAACAAGACUCUUGUUAGCAUAGCAGCCACUGUCGCCGGUAUCUCCGCCGUUGGGGCAUUGUACUACUAUUCUCAACAAGGACCCACUCCUAGCCCUGAAGACUCCACCGCUUCAAAGAAAAAGAAUAAAAAGAAGAAGAAGUCCAAGCCUGAAGACUCCAAGGACACUUCUGCUGCCCCUGCAUCGCCAGCUUCCUCCAAGAUCUAUCCCGUUGGAAAGGAUGGAUUGCCUGAUCUUUCAGAAGCAACCAUCUCCAACUUGACGGCGGACCAAAAGAGCGAAUGGGCUUUGGCACUCAAAGAAGACGGUAACACCGAAUACAAGGCCAAAAACUAUAAAGAGGCCGUUGCCUUCUACUCGGCUGCCUUGAAAUUGAAGGUGGACCCUGUAUUUUACUCCAACAGAUCUGCUUGUUACGCUGCUUUGGAUGACCAUGAAAACGUCGUCAAAGACACCACCGAAGCGAUCAAGUUGAAGCCUGACUACACCAAGUGUCUUUUGCGUAGAGCCACUUCUUACGAAAUCUUGGAACAGUACCCAGAUGCCAUGUUUGACUUGACUGCGUUGACCAUCUAUGGAGGUUUCAGUAACAAGUCUGUGGAACAGGUUUUGGAAAGAGUUUUGAAAAAACACUCGGUGAGAAUCGUUGAGCAAAACAUAAAGACUCGUGUUCUUGACUUGCCCUCUGCAUCCACCACUGGCUCGUUCUUUGGUGCCUUUGUCACCGAGUCCAACCCAGAAGGAAUUAGUGAAGAGUCUACUGGUAAUGAUAAGUUGUUGUUCGAUGCCAUUGCCAAAAUCAACCUGAACACCCCAGAAGGAUAUGAAGAAGCCGAUAAGUUGAUUGCGGAAGCCGUUUCUGGUUAUGACGCUGAAGGCUUGAAGGCUGAUUCUGACAACGCCGCCAAAGCAUCUAUUGCUUACGAGUACGCUGCUACUUUCAAAUUCCUUAAAAACGACCCAUUACUGGCUGCUGUUGAUAUUGGCAAGGCCGUUCUGUUGAAGCCAAGAUCUAGAACUUAUGUCAUCAGAGCCUUGAUUAACGCCGAUAAAUCCUCGUACGAGGAUGCCAGAAACGACUUUGCUUCGGCCGCCAAGAUGGAUUCAAAUGCUGGAGAUGCUUACUACCACUUGGGACAAUUAUUCUACUUGACAAAUGAGUUGGAUAAAGCCCAAGAAAACUUUGAAAAGGCCAAGAAGGCCAACCCUCAAAAUGUCUACGCCUACGUCCAAUCUGCCUGUAUCACCUACAAAAACGGAGAUAUCAAAGAAGCUGAAGACAAGUUCACGGAAGCCAAGUUGAAGUUUCCAACCUCUCCCGAAAUUCCAAACUAUUAUGGUGAGGUUUUGUCUGACAGAGGAGACAUCCAAGCUGCUUUGAAGCAAUUUGAAACUGCGGCCAGAUUACAAAAAGCAUUACCAAACUAUUCGGUGGGUGCCUUGCCAUUGGUCAACAAGGCCUCUUUGAUCUCCAGAGAGAACUUCAACAAGCUUGAUGAAGCUGAAGAAUUGUUGGUAGAAGCGUGCAAAUUGGAUCCUAAGUCUGAAUUGGCCAGAAUCUCUUUAGCCCAAUUGAAGUUGCAAAAAGAACAAGUGGAUGAGGCCAUUGUGUUGUUUGAAGAAUCUUCCAACUUGGCCAGAACCAUUGAAGAAAAGGUUCAAGCCACUUCUUUUGCUGAAGCCACCAAGAUGCAAAAGAGAAUAAAGGCUGACCCCAUCUUAUCUGAAAAAAUUGCUGAAGUUAUGAGACAAUCGAUGAUGGCAGCAGGUGUAGCUAACUAAGUCUGUGGAUGCUCAUUAGAUUUGUAGAUAGCUCUUGUGGUAUUCUGUAUAUAUUGAAAGAAAAGUGUGUACUACUUCUGU